GCCGUUAGAGCUGACUGAAGGGAGUUAGCCUCAAGCUAACCAGAUAUUUUACAGUGUUUAUACGUAAACGCGAAAGGAAAACAAAACGGAGGAUUAAAGAUAAGUGGAGGAAAAGUUGACCGAGCUGGGCGUUCCGUCUGGAGGGGAAUUUUAUAUUUGUUGUGUAAAAAAAUGCAGUGAAUGAAAAGAAAGUUUUGUCUCCCCGUUCAGGACUGUUUACCUCACACAGAUCCUGUGCCAGUCUGCAGAAUGUCUCCAUUCAAAAGCUGGAGGUAACCAAAGGAUAUCUGCAUUCCCUUAUUCGAUAUGGUCCACUGGACCACUGUUCUGGUGCCAUGUAUCUGGAUCCAGGCCUAUGCGACGUGGGUGGCAUCACACACCUGCCCCUCUGCGUCCAUCGUGUCCGACAACUUCUCCAUGCCGUACCCCAUGCCCACCUUCCACACCUUAAACCCUAUACAAAACAUUGCCGUCAACCCUGUCUACCACGAGGUCUACGUGGGCUCACGGAACCACAUUGAGGCGGUAAACAGCACUCUGGGAAAACUCUGGGAGCUGCGCACUGGACCCGUGGGCAGCCAGGAGUGCCGGUUGUGUGGACUGUGCGACAUCGAGAGCGAUCCAUUCGAAGAGGAUACAGACAAUGAGGUGCUGCUCCUCGACACCUUUCUCAUGUACCUGUACACGUGCGGCAGCUCUCAGUACGGAGUUUGUUACUUCCACCAGCUGAAUGAAAACGGACGGGCGCCAGCUCCCUCCAAGUGUCUGUUCCGCAAAGAAACCAAUUCCGCCGCUUUCUGCCCGGACUGCAUCGCUAGCCCACUGGGCACCAAGGUCAGCAUGGUGGAGGAGGGACAGACGGCGUAUUUUUAUGUCGCGGCAACGGUUAAUGACAGCGUGACUCAGCGGUAUGGCAGGAAGUCCGUCUCUGUGCGGCGUCCCUUGGCUACCGAGGAUGGCUUCCACACGGACGUGCAGGGCCUGACGGUGCUGCCCGACUUGAGGCGGGUUUACCCCAUCGAAUACGUUUACAGCUUCUAUACUAAUGACUUUGUCUACUUCCUGUCGGUGCAGAGGGAAAAGGCGGACCUGCAUGGCACGUCUCCGUAUCAGACGCGUCUUGGACGUCUGCCGCGCAACGAAUGGGAAAUGCGCCGCUACAGAGAAGUUGUGCUUGAGUGCCGCUUCGAGCCUAAGCGCAGACGCAGGACCGCGGGCGGUGCCGGCGCCAGCGAGGCCUUCAAGGAUAUUGUGUACAAUGUCGUUCAGGCGGCGCACUUUGGCAGAGCCGGACGCGAAUUAGCAGAUGAGCUCGGUGCUGAGGAAAACGACGACAUCCUGUACGGGGUUUUCGCCGUCACAGAGGACACGGGCGUUACCGAGCACGACUCGGCUCUCUGCGCAUUCCCCAUGGACUGGGUGAACCAGUUCAUCGAUGAUGGAGCGGAGGACUGCUGCAAAUCUGGACCCGAGCAGCUCUCCCGCGGACUGUGCCACUUCCAGACCUGCGAAAGCUGCCCACACGAGAGUAUGGAGCAUAACCUAGGCUGCAGAGAUCACCCCACCUUAGUGGCGCAGCCAUGUUACAGAGUGGAUCUGUUCAACAGGCAAAUGAGAGACACAUUGCUCACCUCGCUGCUCGUCACCACCAUCGACAACAAAACUCUCGCUCACAUCGGCACGGCCGACGGCAGACUGCUGCAGUACGUCUUGCGGAGAUCCAGUCCCAUCAUCUUUGCCAACUAUUCCCUAGCGCAGGACCAGAGGGUGUCGUCCACCGCUGCCGUGCUUCCUCCAGACCAUCUCCUGUUUGUCGUAGGGAAUAAGAUGAUCCAGGUGCCUCAGAGAGGUCCAGGGUGUCUCCACUUCCUCACCUGUGCUGCGUGUCUCACAGCGCCCAGGUUUAUGGCUUGUGGCUGGUGUUCGGGACGCUGCACCUGGCAGUCUGAGUGCUCAGGGCGCUGGGUCAAAGAGUUCUGUCCACCAGUCAUCACGGAUUUCUUCCCAAAGACAGCGCCCCCCGAUGGUCAGACCGAGGUGUCGCUGUGUGGGUUCGAGUUCCAGUCACCCCACAAGCCUGACAUCACCACUAAGACUCAUGUGGUGAAGCUUGGAGAAACCAGCUGCUUGGUGCUCCCACAGAAAACCAACAGCACAGUGCUGAUGUGUAAGAUCCGUUCUGGAGUAACAGAGCCCCCGUUUAAGCCGAUUAACAUCACUGUGAGUGUUUGCGAGGAUCGCAAGGAAGACCCUUACUUCAUCAACGGACUCGAUGAAAUGCCUGGAUUCACUUUCGUGCUCCCCAACAUCACUGAGGUGCAGCCGGAUUACGGUCCGAUGAACGGAGGCACGUUGAUCAACAUCACCGGACCUUUCUUACACUCAGGAAAGACCAGGAAGGUCACGCUGGAUGGUGAAAUCUGUCCUAUCAAAGGCGUGUCUAGAGUCCAGGAGCCCCUUUCGUCCAUCUUAUGUCUCUCUCAGCCUGUCAGCGAGGUGAAGGACGUGGUGCUGCAGGUCUACAUCGAUAAGUUUCGCAUCGCGACCACUAGAGUGUUCCGCUACAAGGAGACACCCGAGAUCCUCUCUGUCCAGCCCGACUGCAGCUUCGACAACGGCUCACGGAUCACUAUAGAAGGGAAAAAUCUGGACUCUGUUUACAGGACUGUCAUCCACUUCAAACCCAAAGAGAGUCACCUGAAGCCUGUUUCCACAGAGUGCCAGGGCAAAGCUCAGUCCACCCAUAUGGAGUGUGUGACCCCGGUCUUCCCAAGAGAUGAGACAGAAGAAGGCGAGCUCUCCUUUGACAUGGAUGGCGCUGUGGGUCUGUGGAAGCAGGACUUCUCCUAUCACCCCUACGGCAGACCCAUCCCCUUUGAGACAGAGGGACACGUUCUCACACUCUACCCUGGCUUUGAUGAAGUUUCCUUACAUCACCAGAAGUUGAACCUGGUGAACUCCUGCAUGAAGAUUACCAUGACCGUCGGAGGCGUGGACUGUGGAGCGAAGGUUCUGGAUAACGAGAUCACUUGCCGCAUACCUAAAAACCUUACCAUCCCUAACGAGGGCUUACCUGUAAAGAUCACAGUCAACGGCCAGGUUCAUGAUGUGGGCACGGUCGUCCUGGUCAGCAACCACUACGUCGUGGGUAUCGUGCUCGGCAUUCUGGGAGCUCUAGUGGCGGGCGCAGUGUUGGCUUACGUCACCAUGAAACACUUGAGAAAGAAGAAAACAGACGCUCUGGCCGAGAGUCGGCUGUCCCACUUCUCCCGUAAUCACAGUCUCUCAGGCAACGGCAGCGUCGAGCUCCUGCCUCUCGGAGACUACAGACGAGAGCUGACCUUCACUCCGACCCCUGUGGUGGCCACAGUGCCUGUGGCGUUUCCCGGCCUGGCUUACACCAACACCCUGGACCCGAGCCUCAACCCGCUUUUGCCUUCUGAGCAGAUCUCCAUCUCUAGCUUUCGUCCUGAGCUGCUGGAAGAAGUGAAAGACGUCCUCAUCCCGGCGUCCAUGCUUAAUGUACAGUACCAUCAGAUCAUCGGGAAAGGUCAUUUCGGCACAGUUUAUCACGGUUACCUAACCACUGACCACAACAGCAGGGAAAUACACUGUGCUGUGAAGUCACUAAGUAACAGAAUCACGGACGUGGAGGAGGUCGAGCAGUUCCUGAAGGAGGGGAUCCUGAUGAAGGCUUUCCACCACAGUAACGUGCUCUCUCUCCUGGGCAUCCUGCUGCCACAUGAAGGGCUCCCUCUGGUGGUGCUGCCCUACAUGAAGCACGGAGACCUGCGUCACUUCAUACGCUGCGAGAACCGGAACCCCACAGUCAAGGACCUGAUUGGGUUUGGGCUUCAGGUUGCCAAGGGGAUGGAGUAUUUGGCGCAGAAGAAGUUUGUGCACAGAGACUUAGCAGCACGCAAUUGCAUGCUGGACGAGUCGUACACAGUGAAGGUGGCAGACUUUGGCAUGGCCCGUGACGUGUUCGAUAAAGAGUACUACAGCAUCCAGGAUCACAGGAAAGCCAAGCUGCCUGUCAAAUGGAUGGCCAUCGAGAGCCUGCAGACGCAGAAAUUCACCUCCAAAUCUGAUGUGUGGUCCUUUGGGGUUCUGAUGUGGGAGUUAUUGACACGAGGAGCGAGCCCUUACCCAGAGGUCGACCCGUAUGACAUCACACAUUACCUCUUGAGGGGGCGGAGACUUCCUCAGCCGCAGUAUUGUCCUGACCCACUGUUUGCUAUCAUGCUGCAGUGUUGGGCUCCGGAUCCAGAGAUGAGACCCAGCUUCUCCACACUAGUGUCUGAGGUGACCACCAUCCUCUCUGGCCUGGAGGGGGAGCACUACAUCAGCCUGAAGGUGACGUACGUGAACCUGGACCAGCCACGCCCUUACCCCGCCCUCACUGACUCCGCCGACGAGUGCGAGUCCUCGGACGAGGACGAGGCAGGCUCGACCACCACCUGACCGGCCACACACCAGCCGUCGUUCAUAGAAGAGAAGGUGCUAAGAUGUCAAGAUAGAGUCAGUGAUUAUUUAUUUAUUUCGUAGCAGAAUAACGUGCUGGAACGUCAAGUGGUGAAGGGAUGUCUGAGGUAAAAUUUCAGCCCUUCGGGAACGGCAGUGAGAUCGGAUCCAAAUCAGCGUAAACAGGCGAGAGACUUAGAGGGUGUGGUUUGUCCAAGACGCUCCAUCAUAUUUAAUUAAGAAAAAAAAAUAAAAUUCCCAAUCCGGUUUUUCAAAACCACACUGUCCACAUUUAUCUGAUUUUGUGCAAGUGUUUUUCAGUACUGCAGCACAGCCCACAUUACACAGCGCAUUUAUUAUUGCUAUAAAAUCUUCAAACAGACGGGAGGCAAAAAACAAACAAAAAAAAAUCCACACUGGUUUGUUUCAGAUCUGAUUUCCACGGUUAGUCAGAUUUAAGUUUAUCAAAUCGGGUUCCUGUACAUUUUGGCCAAAUUAGCAGCUCCAACCAAAAAACAAGCGUUUACCUCAUUCGUGAGCAAGAGCUGUGCUGCCAGGGUGAAAGGGGCUUACUCUUCACAUUUCUCUCCUCUAUCACAUUGUCAAUUGUGAACGUCUGCGAGUUCAUCUAUGCAGAAGAUGCAACAGUUCGAACAGAUGCUGUUUGCUGGCUUCAUGUGUUUCAGAGGAAGCGCGUGUCAGCCUUCACCCGCUCUUAUCAGUGGCUGUCGUAUGAUAAUGGAAGAGUCGAAGAGUAAGUUAGGGCUGAAAUACAAGAAAUAAAACCCUAAAGGUACUGAACUGACAUAGAGAAUGCGAUCAUAAACAAUUUGAGUCUAUUUCUCUGUGUAAGGAAGUGUAAUAAUUAUUUUUAUAAAAAAAUUAUUCUGGAUGGAAAUGUAUAAAUCCCAGUGAUGGUCACGAUUCAAAACGAUGAUUUUCUAUUUGUUUGUUUUUUUGUUUGUUUUAGAAAAAUCCAUAAUUAAAGUGUAAAUAUUAAACUUAAACAGGCAGAGGUGGGCAAAAUACACAAAUCCUGUACAUGAGUAAAAGUAGAAGUUCCCUAAAGAAUUUUUUCUCAAGUAAAAGAUGCAGAAGUUCUUCAUUUGUACUUGAGUAAAAGUACAAAGCUACUCGCCUUCAAAUUUAUUUAAGUAUCAAAUGUAUAGAACUUGUAUUAUUUCAAAGUAGUAUUUGUUUUAUAGUAAAACACUCUCUCUCUUUCUUUCUCUCUUUGCUUCUUGAUUGUGAAUGUGUGUGUGUGUGUUUUGUGUUGUUGCUGUCUGCAUUUAGCUCCCCUUCUGAUUUUUGAUUAUUAGUCGUGUCUGUACAGAAAGACAAGUCACAAAAUUACACACAAUAUUAGCCACGGCAGGUGGCGAAAUUACAUGCCAUGCAGAAAUGUCAGAGUGAAGUAAAAGUACUGAUAUUCGCAGUACAAUGUAGUAGAGUAGAAGUGUAAUUUAAUAAAACUUUUACAGUACAGAUGUCUUUAAUUACUGUACAUCGUUACCUUCCACCUCUGUCCGCACGAUACAAUACAACUUCUGUCAAACAAUUUGUUAUAAGACAGCACUGAAUAUGACACACAAUACAACACAUCUUAAUAUAAUUUGUUAACCGCCGCUCCAAAUGUGACCGACUCUGCUCAAAAACUUGAAGGUGAGCAACUGGUUAUUUUAACGUUCUGGGGAAACCACCUCGCGAGCCUGUUACAUUACCUACACAUCAGUUUACAAAUAUACCUUUUUUUUUUAGCACAAUGGAUUUCUGUCCCUUUUUACAAUCAGUUAUAAACAACAGUAAUUGACUGAUUUUUGAUUGUUGCCUCGAUUUAUUUAAAGUUACCUUUUAGAUUAAUUCAUUAAUGCAAAUCAGACUGUUCCACCCCUAAUCAAGAUACGCAAAGAGAUAAUUUUGCCAUCUGGUUGUGACUACCUAAAUUUGAUUUAAACUUUGCCUAACGCCAUCCACCAUUCUGUUUUAUUACUGCGUCAUCUCGCCACAUUUCCAUCCCAUCUGUAUAUAUCAGUAUAAUAUUCUGUUCAUCCUGAACACUGUGUUAAGUUGUUGUUGGUCUUUCGGCUGCUCCCGACAAGGGGUCGCCACAGCAGAAUACCCAGUCCGCACUACAUACAACUUGCCACAGGUUUUACUCUGGACGUUCCUGACGCAACCCUCCCAUUUUAUCCGUGCUUACUGUGUUAAGUACUUAAUAUUAAUUUACUCCUGUUUACCCAGACAUGACAGAUACAGUGUGCAUUUAUACUUCAGAGCUCCUGAUUGAGUCUGAUCAGGUGUGCUGGACCCGAGGACAUGCUGAGCUGGCAGCGGACUGGG